CAGGAGUCGAACCAUGAAUUCCCUGUUGUUUUCAGCUUUUAUUUGCGUUGCCGUAGCGGAUACUCAUAAUGGCUUCGGAGCGCCUCGUCCUCCCAGCAACGGCUAUGCGCCCCCAAGUAACACAUAUGGCACGCCCAAUGGCGCCUACGGAGUAGACCCUGAGAUUGCCGCCUUGGCCGAGAACAUUCCUGGGGGUGGCGUCCCCGGUGAGGACUACCCCAUCUUGGCUUCCGUGCCCGACACCGGCUUCUCUUGCGAUGCCCAGUCAGUGCAAGGUUAUUACGCUGACACUCAAGCCGGCUGCCAGGUGUUCCAUAUCUGCCAGGACCGCGCCCUCAGGCGCCAACAGGACUCGUUCCUGUGCCCCAACGGUACCAUCUUCAACCAGCAGUACCUGGUAUGUGACUGGUGGUUCAACGUGGACUGUUCUCAAGCUGAGAGCUUCUACUCCGUCAACGAACUCAUCGGAGUCGUUCCUAACGCCGGUUAUGAGUAUGCUGCUGCCACCAAUGGUCUUGCCAUUGGCAAUGGUAACGGAUAUGGAAAUAGAAGGAAAUGAAAAGGAAGUAAGAAUGGCAAACGGCUCCUCCAGCUUUCAUGGAACUCCUUUCUAAAAUAGUAUUGUAAAUAUGUAUAGAUAUUUAUACAUUGAUUUUAAAUCAAUUAUUGUCUGGCUCUCAAUUUUCGCAUCUUUGCUGGAUUACCUGAAGGUACUUGCUCUGUCUGAAUUGUAUACCUUACAGUAUUUAUUUCCUGCAUCCGAAUAAAC